CACAAUGCAGGUGACCUCAACUUUUUGUUCCGUUUUGGUGUGAGCGUAUGCCUGGAGAUAAGUACAACUCCAGUUCGUAUCACAUCCCUCUCUCUCGAACAGAACGGCUCUUGAGAGAAAGAGAGCUUCGAGAGAAGAGGAGGAGCAACCGUGCUCGUAAUCCUAAUGAAGCUGUUGGCAGUUCUGAAAACUCUGACAACGACCUACGUCUAGAAGGGGACAGUUCAAGGCAAUAUGUUGAGCAGUACUUGGAAGGUGCUGCUGCUUCUGCGAGGGCGCAUGAUAAUGUGUGUGAGAGGCAAGAAGUAAGGCCUUAUAACAGGCAACGGCUGCUUGUAGUGGCUAACAGGCUCCCAGUUUCUGCGGUGAGAAGAGGUGAAGAUUCAUGGUCUUUAGAGAUCAGUGCUGGUGGUCUAGUUAGUGCUCUCUUAGGUGUAAAGGAGUUUGACGCCAGAUGGAUUGGAUGGGCUGGAGUAAAUGUGCCUGAUGAGGUUGGGCAGAAGUCCCUUACCAAAACUUUGGCUGAGAAGAGGUGUAUCCCUGUGUUCCUUGAUGAAGAGAUUGUUCAUCAGUACUAUAAUGGCUAUUGCAACAACAUUCUGUGGCCUUUGUUUCACUACCUUGGACUUCCACAAGAAGACCGGCUUGCCACAACAAGAAGCUUUCAGUCCCAAUUUGCUGCAUACAAGAAAGCAAAUUUAAUGUUUGCUGAUGUUGUAAAUGAACACUAUGAAGAAGGAGAUGUUGUCUGGUGCCAUGAUUAUCAUCUUAUGUUCCUUCCUAAAUGCCUUAAGGAAUACAACAGUAAGAUGAAAGUUGGAUGGUUUCUUCGUACACCAUUCCCUUCUUCUGAGAUACACAGAACACUUCCUUCACGUUCAGAGCUUCUUAGAUCAGUUCUUGCUGCUGAUUUAGUAGGUUUCCAUACAUAUGACUAUGCUAUAUGA